AUGGACCACUCCAAUAUGGAUCAUUCAAACAUGGAUCAUUCAAACAUGGACCACUCGAACAUGAACCACGGGAAUAUGGACCACUCACAACACAAUAAUAUGAUGAUGAUGAGCCACGACGAAAUGAUGAAGAUGUAUUUUUACUUUGGAGUAGAAGACGUUCAGAUGAUCUUCAAAGCCUGGGUUGUCAAUUCCCCUAAAGAGAUGAUCCUCAGUUGCUUGGUGCUCUUCCUCGUUACGUUGUUCCACGAGUGGCUUCGUGUUUGGAGGGACAAUCUCGUAACAAAGCUCAUCUGUUCCUUCCACAACAAGUACGAAGCUGUCCAAGACGAGAGUCAAUCUGACAGUGGCGAGCCAGAGCGACCUGGCUCGCGUACACCCCUCGUCACUAGACAGCUGGCCCCAAGCUACCGCCACGGACUUAAAUCAUCAACCCACAUUCUUCUCAGCGUUUCUUAUGUGCUGCAGCAGUUUAUCAGCCUUUGUCUGAUGCUUGUUUUUAUGACGUUCAAUCUAUACUUGUGUCUUACUGUUGUGUUUUCGGCUGGCCUCGGUUUUUACUUGUUCGCUUGGAAGCGGAUCAUCCUCUCUGGCAACAUGAUCCAGACUACUCCCGAUUGUCACUGA